AUGGAUAACCGCGGGCCCUUUCUGUUCCUUCUCCUCACCUUCUACCUACUCCUCAGUUCCCUCUUUCGCGCACCGCUAGUCGACCACAAUGGAGAACGAGAAAAACAGCUCGCUGAAGAAGAAGACGCUCUCAAGCUGCUCAAUGAAUCUAGAUACGGCGACUUCAGCCCUUCGACCGAUGCAUGGCUUCCAAUUCCAGGGCUGAGACAAAAUGACACCUACUCAUGGGAUUUGCUACCAACGGCACAGGAGAGAGCGAGGCGGAACCUGCAUUUUGCCCUCGAGAGUGGAGGAAUCAAGAGCCCUCCUGAACUAGACAUCGUCGACCAAGCGCCGUCGGUCAAAUUAUCGUCGUUUUCACUCCCGGUCUAUCACAAUGUGACCGGAAAGCUCCGUGGAGACUGGGUUCGACACUCCCUGCCUCACGAGUCUCGUCUGAACGUUAGCGCUUUGGUGGAGGAAAACUUUUACAUGACAAAUGAAUUUGGUCUUAAUGUAACUGGCGACUCGGGAUCGGUUUAUGUCAAUUUCCAGGAGGGUAAUGAGGACGAGGCCGGGGCGAUAACAACGCCGCCCCCGGUGCGUGAGAUCCGCGCGGAGGUCGCGAUUGAGAGCGACAGUGCACUGGGCAAUACCUGGUAUAUGGCGACGUAUGGCCUGCACUUCCCAGAACAGGGUUCGAUUAUUAUGACAACGACGAGCGAGAAAUUCGGCGGGCUGCUGUCUUUACCGCAUUUAGCUUUGUCGCAAGACACGUUCAACCUUUCGCAUCAGGUCAUCGUAAAAUCACUGGCAGGUGCAAUCGUCGAAAAACAAAACAACGAGCCCACAUUUUUCCCUUGGUCAUCGCUACCACGCGGGGCUCAGGCGAUGGCAUUCCCGACUCCAAAAUGCGAGUACAUCAUCUAUAUACAACAACGCCCAGUACGAAUUGGCGACAGUCUUGCAGAACCCGCCGUGCUGGAGCAGAUCGAGAGAGAAUUAAGAUUUCCAACAGGAGCCCCCAUCCCGUCCCCUCCGAUGAUGGAGAUGUCGGUGGUCAUAUUCUCCCCGGACUGUGGGAUUCUUCUGGAAACAAAGGGCGCGCCUGAUUAUGCGCCCACGGACAGUUUAUAUUUAUUCGGUGCUAAACACGAGGAAUACAGCAAGUAUGCAUCUCGGACCGUCUAUGCGAUGGGGUUCAUAAUUGUUGGACAAUUAUACUUGCUAUUGAGACAAAUCAAAGAAGCUUCCACUCCUUCUACGAGGAGUCGUGUCAGCUUCUUCUCGAUUGCAAUGAUGGCCCUGGGCGAUUCCAUGGUUAUGAGUCUGACUUUGCUAUCACUGUUUGCCGAUACAUCCUUUAUUGAAAUCUCGGCCGCUUCUUUUCUUGUAUUCCUUUCCGUUGGCUACAUCGGAAUGAGGUUUAUGAUGGAGGUCUGGGCUGUGCAAGUCCCUGAGAGACGGGAACAAGAACGCCAGGCUACACCAAACCCGACGAAUCCACGUAUGGAUACUUUGCCUGCCCCAGUUACUGCAACAAGAGCUAUUAACUCUGGAGCAACCCCCAUUAUCCUGCCUUCAGACCAAGACGAGUUAAGCGAAGCACCCGCAGAGCCUGUCCGAACGCCUGCUGCCGGCGCUGGCCGGAAUCCAACACCAUCACGCGCAGAAGUCGGAGCAGAUGUUGGGACCAUGUACGCGCGGUUCUACUUUGUGCUUUGCUGUCUGUCGGUAGUUUCUCUCUGGUCAUUUGUCUUUCCCAAUAAGGUGGCCGCUGUAUAUGCUCGGUUGGUCAGCUUCUUAUAUUUGUCCUUCUGGGUCCCUCAGAUUUACCGUAAUAUCAUGCGCAACUGUCGGAAAGCUCUCAGGUGGGAGUUUGUGAUUGGCCAAAGCAUUCUUCGUUUGAUUCCCUUUACAUAUUUCCUAACUGCGCCAGGAAAUGUUCUAUUCAUACGCCCUGACACAACCACUGCGCUGGCCAUGAUUGCCUGGGUCUGGCUUCAAACAUGGAUUCUUGGGAGUCAGGAUAUCCUUGGACCCCGGUUUUUCGUCCCCAAUGGCUGGGCGCCGCCGGCAUAUGACUACCACCCUAUCAUUCGCGACACCUCUGCCACUGGCACUGGCGAAGAUGUUGAAUCAGGAACAACUCUACCUAUUGGUUCCCUCCGGGCCGAAGAACGCGAUGCCAGUAGUAGCGCCACUCAGCAGCAAGACAAAGACCGACUACGGCCGAAAGACAAGAAGAAGAAGAUCUUUGACUGCGCAAUUUGCAUGCAGGAUAUCGAAGUCACUGUCAUCAGUUCUCCUUCAGUUGCAGGUAGCAGUGUGACGGACGGCGCGAGCAGCAUUCUUGGUAGGCGGGCGUACAUGGUGACUCCAUGCCGACAUAUCUUCCAUAGUACGUGUCUUGAAAGUUGGAUGAAGCUGAGGCUCCAGUGUCCGAUUUGCCGCGAGUCGAUACCGCCGGUAUAG